CAGAGGCACCAUUGUUCUGAUUCCCCAGCCAAUCACAGGCCGGCAUGGUAUUACGGCAUUUAUAAAUAACACAAAUCUCCUUUCCACCUCCUUUCAGUUUGGAUAUCACACACCUCCCCUCGCAGCUCACAGUUACUAUGUUAUUAUCUGUGCUGCCCAUUUCCGAGGCGGGCGGGCGCAGGCGUGUUUACUGACACACAGGUGGGCUCCCCGGCGAAGGGUGAGAAGCUUUGCGUUUGAUGCCCAUUCUCGGGAUUAAAUAGUGAAUCGGGCGGGCAGGUCAGCCGGUCCCACCUCCUCCUCAUCAUCAUCAGUCCUGCGCUCUGUCAAUCUUCGGCUCUCUCCCUCUCCGGCUUGACUUCCUUCCGACGCUCUCUCGGUUUCUUUCCCGGAGAAUGAGCUCUUCCUCCCUGAGCACUGACACUCUCCCCGGUAACAGGACGCAGGAGGGCGCAAUGAAGGUGAAGCAGAGCGGAGGGCAGGUGGUGGCGGCUGCGGGCAGCACGGAGGAGCAGCUGCUCAGGAAGGCUCACAUCACUCCGGAGGAUGUGCUCUUGCUGCAGAAGAUCACAAGCGAUUAUUUAUGCUCGCCAGAAGAAAAUAUUUACAAGAUAGAUUUCACGAGAUUUAAAAUCCGGGACAUGGAGUCAGCAACUGUUCUAUUUGAAAUCACAAAGCCACCAGCAUCAGAGCGAGAACAUGGUGACAAGAAAGAUGUGGAUCCCAACGCAGGUAGAUUUGUCAGGUACCAAUUCACACCCGCUUUCCUCAGACUGCGCCAGGUUGGGGCAACGGUUGAAUUUACAGUUGGUGACAAGCCCAUUAAUAACUUUCGUAUGAUUGAGAGACAUUACUUCCGGGAUCAGCUCUUGAAAAGCUUCGACUUUGAGUUUGGCUUCUGCAUCCCCAGCAGUAAAAACACAUGCGAACAUAUUUAUGAAUUCCCACAGCUUUCAGAGGAUCUCAUUCGUGAAAUGAUCAUCCAUCCCUACGAGACGCAAUCAGACAGUUUCUACUUUGUGGACAACAAGCUAGUGAUGCAUAACAAGGCAGAUUAUUCAUAUAGCGGAGGCCCUUGAUCCUAUUGAAGGAGGAAACCAACUACAAAGCAUUGAAAACAAUCCCCUUCCCCCUAGCAGUUAUACAAGGGAUUGUGCCCAACUUCCUGUAGGAGAAUCCAUCCGGGAUCCAAUAUUCUGUUUGCUAGUAGGACUUCUAAGAUUGAGCGUAAAUCUUCCCCAACCCGUCCUAGAGCCUUUUUUAGCACAUUAAAUCAGUGCAAGGAUCUUCAUACGUCUUCAAACGUUGGCAAGGAUGCCUUUAAAAUGAUCUGAGUCCUCUCAAUGAGAAUGUGGUCUUUGUACCAGAGCGUCUGAGCAAUGCAACUAGUUUAAUAACUAUCAUUGUCACAUUCAGCAUCACAAAUGUUCUCCUGGAACAAGGACUGUUGUAAAAAGUUAUCCCAAAUCUUUUUCAAGACCAACCAAGCUGAUAUCAUAUGGGCCAUUCAUUUUAGGACCAACCAUUCUCGUAUAACUUGGACCAAAUCAUCUUAGGAACGACUUUUCUCCUAUCCCUUGACCCACACCAGGUCUCUUCUAUGUCAAGCACCAACCGCACAGAGUUCAAAUAAAAAACAGUUUUGUAAGCUUGGACCAGACCAUUGUAAAGGGAAUCCAAGCCAAAGAUCUAAUCGGUUCUUCCUUAUCAGCCUCGUCUUCUUAGUAAUCUCUUUAACUCAUUGUGUUACUAGGCUUUUUUUGGCAGGCUUUUCUCUGAUUUAACAGAAGUGUAAACUAGACAUUUUGAAGCUUAUAUAGUGAUGCAAAAUAUUAUAAAAAGUUGUAAUAUGACAUUUAAAAAAAAGAAAAGGUCAAUUGUAUCAAUUAUCAAGGUAUAAUUAAAGUCAGCGAGGCAUAUAUAAAGGGCAGCUCAACCCAAACAGCUAGAUACACUGUUUCAACUUGUGUAGAAGCUGUCAUACCUGCCAAAUGAUUUGUAAAGUAAUGCGUGUACACUCUGGUGUGCUACG